CACAGGAGCGCUCAGUCAGAGCGGACGUGUGUGUGUGACUGGACCCUCGAGUCAAGAGCUUAGCGCGCGCAGAGGAAACAGGACCGGGGUAUGUGAAGCGGGUAGGGUCACUGGAGCAUGACUGAUUUCAUAGUCCCCCAAUCACAAACAAUCUUCGUAUGGAAAUGUCGGUAUGACGUGCUUCGCUAAUAAUACAUGGUAGGAAUCACGAGGAGGUUUUGUGUAUAGGCUGCGUGUAUAUAAAAUCUGCUGAGAACGAGGACAGUCAGUUCAAACUUGGAAUCAGAGAGAAAAAGACUGUUUGUUUAAGAAACGCCAACAAAGACUUUGACCAUGCGGACAUUUAUACGUUACUUUGUCCUCUCGGUGUGUGUGUAUUUAGUUUCGAGCAACAAAGCCUAUGUGCAGGUGUCCGACACAACACUGACCGAAAUCAGCGAGUGCAAGUUACCUAGGACCAUAUAUAUCACAGUAACAACAGAUGGCCAUUCCUUACCUCUAACACUCACCAAGAAUGCCGAUAUUGAUAUAAAUGUUCCGCUAUACACGACAAGUCUGUUUCGAGAUGAUGAGGUGAAGAAGGAAAUCCUUCUCGACAUAUCGGAUAGCGCAGAAUACCAAGAUGAGGUGCAAAAAGCGGCCAUGACAGUUGACUGUCAGAUGCUGGAAAACCAAGGAGUAGAUGUAUCAGUGCAUGGUUCAAUCACAGUGGACCGGAAACUAUAUAUUAUAGAGAGACCAAAGAGGCAGCGCCGAGAUACAAAUUCAACAAGUGAUCCAGAAGAAUACGAAAUUACUGAAGAUGUUGCACCAGUCACAGCAAAUGAUUACAGAGAGGCACCUCCAACGGCCGAGGAUCCCCUACGUACCAUCAAAGAAACUCAUCAAGUGCUUCCUCUCAAGGAUGCCACCAUUACUAGACAUAAACGCCAUUCUUCACAAUAUGUACCGCUGAAAGAUGCCCCCCUCGACAGGCAAAAACGUCAAGUUUCACAGUAUUAUAUUGAUGUCCUUGCUCUUGUAGACUACGGCGUUUAUGAAAGAUGGUAUGGCGUCAGCACAAAGCCAACCGCUGCUCAGAAAAAAAUAGAAACCUUGCAAAACAUAAGACGUUACUAUGCCUACGUCAUGAACGGGGUCAGUCUGAGGUUCAAGUCAAUAACUGGCCUUAACUCACGGAUUAAUGUUCGGCUUGUGGGCUACUAUGUGGCCGAGACCGCAGCUUCAUCGCCAUGGACAGAAUCAUUCCGGAUAUCCGGUAGUUCUGGUUCCGAAGUUGAUGCGGACAAAGUACUUGUAUAUCUCCGAGAUUGGGUCGCCAGGACGUCACUUCCGGCAAACGAUCACGUCAUGAUGUUCUCUGGGUAUGAUCUUUACACUAUCAACUCCAUCACCAACGCCAAAUCCACUGCCACUUCAGGGCUCGCUUACAUCUCGACUAUGUGCAGAAGCGACGGGAGGAGUAUUUCAUUGGUGGAAGACGUCGGAGGGUUCCAGUGUGUUGAUACUGCCGCCCAUGAACUUGGACACGGCCUUGGAGCUAAGCAUGAUGGUGAUGGUAACAACUGCAAAGCAAAUGACCGUUUCAUCAUGUCUGGGGGAUCAUACAAGACUAACACAGAAAAUGAACGGAAUCCAUGGUUCUUCUCCACAUGCUCAGUCGAUUACUUCCGGACUCUGAUUUCAUCCCUUUCCAGGACAUCAAAUGGAAUCCAGUGUCUCACCAGUGCCUUGCCUGUAGAAAGUGUUCCGGAUAUAGGCUCGGUGAACCCAGGACAACUGUACAACCCUGAUCAGCAAUGUCAGAUGACCCAUGGAGCCCGUUCAAGACUCUGCAUGGGUCCAGAGUUCGGUAAUUACAGUCUGGUGUGCACCAGCAUGUUCUGUUUGGAUCCAACCAGCGUGGGCACCUGCUUUCAGCACGAGGCUGCCCGGGGGACAACCUGUGGCGAUAGGAAGUGGUGCAUAGAUGGAUUGUGCCAGUAUUCCCCUGAAGCUCCAUCUGCGGACGACGAUUGUGUAUUUGGAGACCAGAGCGGGGUAUCGUUUGAGGGCCAGACUUGCGAGGACUUCACAGCCGGUGAUAACUCUCCGUACUGUUACCAGGAGGUGGUCAGAGGCCGCUGUUGUGCCUCCUGCAAGAGACAUUUCACAGGUGUACAAAGCUGUCUUUACGGCGACAAGGUCCGCGGCUGCGAAGACCAGUUCUGCGCCUACAUAUACGACGACGGUACCCGGUACGCGGACAACUGCUGUAAGACUUGCGGACGUGGUGUUACAGUCCCCAUUACGACAACUACAACAACGCGAGCACCAGUAACAACAAAAACAAUAACAACAACAACAACAACAACAACAACAAGAGCACCUGUUCCCACUACGGCAUCCACUUCACAAGGAGGUGAUUGCACCAGUAACCUUGGUGACAGGAAUGGCGUAACUUUCAACGGAAUGUCGUGUGUCGGAUACGUCAUCUCAGACCCAGGCGUCUGUUACAGCGAGUCCACCCAAAACUACUGCUGCUUCUCUUGUAAACAGAGACAAACGGGCAUACAAGGCUGCAUGUACGGGGAUUGGUUCAGUGGAUGUGUAGAUAACGCUUGCGACUACGUCUACGCGGACGGAACUCCCUACCGUUUCUACUGCUGCGACACCUGCAGCGGUAGACCGGCAACAACAACAACAACAACAACAACAACAACAACAACAACAACCCCAACUACCACUACAACAACUACCACCACUACCACAACUCCUACUACAACUACACCCACAACUACGACAACCACUCCCACAACAACGACUACAACAACGACCGCCAGACCCACCACCACUACACCUGUGCAAGAGAGGUGUUCAGAGAGGAUAUACGGUGUAAGCUGCCAGGCUUAUAUCGGCCUGUACGGCAAGGGGCGUUGCUACAACAGCGACGUUUCUAAAGCAUGCUGCAGUUCGUGUGCAGCUGUUUCCAACCCCUCCAAACCAGACUGCCCCUACGGAGACCGAUAUAAUAGCUGCUAUGCAGUACUCUGUGACCACGUCUUUGACGACGGAACGCCGUACACAUACUUCUGCUGUGACACGUGUUCAAACGUACUUGUUUCAACACUUGCACCACCGACAACAACAUCAACUACAACAACAACUACUCGUCCGACUACAACAACGAGAACAACUACACGCCCGACUACUACAACGAGAACAACAACAACCCAACGUCCUUCGCCUACAACGAAAAUUGUUACUCCUAGUCCUAUCACAACGCGUCCACCAACUUCAACCAAGACUACCUCAGCUACAACUACAACCCCUACGACACGUCCAGCGACCACAACUCCAGCGUGUGUUGACACCAACAGCAACUGCUCUGUUAAUCUUAGAACGGAAGGAUCCCCGGCUUGUUACAUACCAGAUUUUGAAGAGCUAUGCUGUGUUUCUUGCGCUAAUAUUCGAAUUGACUCUGAUCCAGGAUGUAAGUAUGGCGACAAGAGUCCAGCAAUCUGCAGCGGUCUGACAGCACCUUUGGAUACCUCUUGCAAGGGAUUGGAAGAAACCUGCUGCAAUACUUGUAAAUCUGUUAUAUCAAGGGCUGAUCAUCGGACGGGAUGGUCAGCAAUAUCCGCAAUAUUGUCCGGACUAUGUGUCACCCUUAUAGCAUUAUUUGUAUGAUAGCGCUGGUUAUUUAGUUCACAUGUGGUUGUGGACAAUCAUUACAAUUGCGCAUUUUACAAGGACAUUUGCUGGUGGGUAUUUGUCUCCUAAUGAAUGAAGUUGUCUUGAAGACAGGCGAGGUUGUGAGAAGAUCUCAGGGGUUUCUACUAAUACCUUCGACCGCUCCAACAACAUUGUAUCGAUUUGAUGAACAAAUUGAUAGGCGUCAGUUCCUGGACAUAAGUGAACCAUUGUGAAAGAGUUUGUCAAGGUGUCUACUUGCACAGGGUUAAAGACUUUUUUAUCAUUAACAUUGCAGCUGUCUUCAUGGCAUUCCUAUUCCAUCGUUGUGGCUGUAUUUUGAAUAACACCAUGUUCAGCGUAGAAUGCACACUGCUCUGAUGGCAGACAAUCUACUCGAUAAUGCUCAACAUUAAUGGUGCCUUGGACAGAUGCUGAAGAUAGCACUGUACAGUUGUGUUUUGUAGACACCCUUGCGUCAGAGAAACAAUGAAAUCGAUAAUGCUCAACGAUAUUGCAAUAGUAGUUUAUGGUCCUCAACAUGAUUGUCAAGUUGUGAGCUUGUGAUAAUGCAAGUUGCGUUGCGUUAACAGUUGUGUCGUUGCGAAGUCUUGACUACAUGUCAGUUAGUUUGGUCAUCACUGAUUGGUCCAAUGAUAGACGUAGCGUACCAAUACUGAACAAAAUACGUGAAGAGUCACGUGGUCUUCCAAUAACAAAGAGCUCAUCCAAACCAUUCUGUGAUAGACAUUAUAAGGUGGAUAGCUUGUUUGUCGAUGGUUGUAUGCAAUUCUGGUUGUCCUUUACUUUUCAUAUGACAUUUAUUUCUUUAACACCGACUAUUUCUUGUGUGCAUUUUAUGCAUUCACAGCAACAAUUAACUCAGUUAACAUUGCAAAUGAAACGUGUUGGUCUCUGAGAUGGAGAACGCUGUGUCACGUAUUGCAGAUAAGCAUAAUACUUAUAAUAUAGAAUGCUUGUCAAAUUCUAGCGUGUAUGUUGUGCUGAGGUUUGCUUGUCGGUUUGAUCAACAGUGCAAAUGAGGGAUGGUGACAUCUGAGCGCAUCCUUUAUACAUAAAACGCUUACAUGUCCGAUUUCAUUUUAACAUUUACAUUCAAUUAUGUUGGUUUGGGUAUUAUAAGUUGAUACACAUCUUUCAUAUUUGUAUCAACUUGAAUAUUUUGGGGUUUUAAGGCAUUCUGUUUGCUUACAUUUAAUCUGCUUUAAUUUGGGUUACAUUUUAUUUUUUCUAUACAAUAUCAUUCUUUUUCAAUAAGAUUUUCAGGAUUUUGAAGAUAGAUAUCAAAUCAGAAAUAUGUAUAUGUGGCUUUCAGAUCUCUGUUGCAUGUUCUGUAACCAUAUCUCUCCCAUGACCAACGUGCUCUGCGGGACGGAGUAAUUGAUCAAAAGAGCCAAAACGUAGUCAACACAAGUAUAACAGUUGAAAUAUAAUCUCAACACGUCAGUGCAAUCAGGGUGAAUUAUAUGUAUAUCCGAAAACAUUAUAACAAGUAUAAAUGAUGAAUUACUAAACACGCAUCUUGAGUCUAUUUUUAUACAAGACCAAGGUAUAACAGAAACAGAUAAAGAUUCUGCCAUGUCCUACUUCUUGAUGUUCUUGAUAUUCUUGAUACAUAUCUUGACGAAAUCAGGGAGUUGUGAUUUCUGCGACUUUUUUUUCGCACAAUCACGUUUGACAUGGUAUUAUAUUUUUGUUUAUGUUUUGUCACUCAGACAUGUUGAAAUCUGGUCAGUGUUAAGGAAAACCCAUUCGCUUAAUAAUGAUGAAGUCACAUUCCAGUCAUGUUUAUGAAACGCCCUUUCAACAUUUAGUCACUUAAUCUAAUCUCAAAAUAUUUUAAUUUUGAUUUAACGUAUAUCUUUUUUAAAUUUCAUGUAUAUACAUAGUUAUUAUUAGAGCUGGCCUCUACAAUUAAUAUAAUGGAUUUUUUAUAUCAUUAUCAUGUAUAUAUUGUACAUAGAAAUAAAACCUAUUUUGACAUGACUUAAUAUUUCUU